AUGGGAGGAAGGAAUGUUCAGAAACCAAAGCCAUUGAAGGUCUAUGGAAGAUCUCAUUAUGCUUGUACAAGAUGUAAAAUAUCAAAAAUAAAGUGUUCUGGUGAAAAACCAGCUUGCGCAAAUUGCAAAGGUGUUAAUAAACAAGACCAAUGCGUCUAUCCAACAAAAGAUCGAAAAAUCGUCAUUAUGGAAUCUGAUUUAAACAAAUUACAUGAAAGAGUGGAAUAUUUGGAAUCGUUAUUAAACGCCUCGGGAACAGGAACGUCGUCAUCGAUACAGGGUCUACCACUUACAAUGGCAAAUCCAAUUACGGGAUCGGUAGCAACUACUUCUACAAGCUCAACAACCACAAUGGCUGCGCCAAUUGAAAUUAAUAUUUCCAAUAAUGUUAUGAAUGGUGUUAAACUAGUUGAUUUCUAUUCUCCAGAAUUUGAUAAUUAUAGCUUACAAUACAAUUUAUUACUUGCAUGUCAAAGCAAACUUCCAGAAAAGACAUAUGCAUUGAACCUCCUUAAUAAGGUAUUUUCUACUUAUAAUCAAGAAUUCUAUUUGCUAGAUGUGAAAGAAUUCUUACAAUUAGCAAAUGAUAUAUAUGAUUUAUUUGAUGGAUUGCAAAGUCAACAACAAGGUCGUCCACAAUCCCUCCAAUCACAAUUCGAUGUUCAACAAUCACCUCGAUCUAUUACUCAAACCCAGAUUUGCUACUUCUUUGUUCUACUUGCCUUUGGUGAACAGUUGCUUAAUGUGAAAACCGAUGAGAAUAAGUAUCCUGGAAUGGAAUAUUACUUAUUAGCAGAACAUUUGUUUCGGUUAACUAGUUCCGAGGUUGAUCUCACAUUUAUCCAAUGCGCUUUGCUAUUGGGUCUAUAUUCGGCAAACUUAUCCAGAUAUAAUACGGUCUAUAUCUAUCUAGGUGUUGCUGCACGUGCUGCUGUUGCCCAAGGUUACCAUCGUCAAAAAGAUAUUCCAUUAAAUAAGACUCCUGAAGAAAAACAUAUGCUUGGAGUACAUGGUGAACGCGCAAAACGCUUAUGGUGGACUGUAUUCGUAAUUGAUACAAUAUGGGCUACAAAAACUGUUCAUUUUCAAUUUACUGAUACAGAUGUUGAUUUACCCACAGAAAAUGUUUAUGAUUUAGGUGAUGCCUUUGAUUCUAAUAUUUUAGAAAUCAAUGUACAUUUAACCAAAUAUGUUGCAAAAUUUGUUCGAUUGAUUUAUGGACCUAAUAUUAGAACAUUUCUGAUUAAUUAUAUCAAUACUGAUCAAUUCAAUCAAAAGUUAUUAUUGAAAAAUAUUUCAUCAUCUUCAGAGGAUUUAACUAAAAACUUUGAAUAUCCACUUUUGACUCAAUUUAAAAAUAUAGAUUAUCUUCGAAGUGGAUCAAGAAGUAUUGCCAAUUUAUUUCUUAGAUAUCAUUAUUUGAUAACUUUAAUCACAAAACCAUUAUUGUCAUUAAUUUUAGAACCAACCGCUUCUCAAUUUAUUGAGAAUUUUCAAGAUGUCGAAGCUACAAUAUCAAAAGGAAUAUUCACAUCUUGCGCUACAAUAGAUAUUGUAUGUCGGUUAUAUACUAGUCAAAAGAUAUUUAUAUUAGGAUAUUGGGAUAGUCAACAUUUAUUUACUGCCAUUUUAAUGGUUUUAAUUGCUGGAAUAAACGGAAAACGUUAUCCGCAAUUAAAUAGAGGGGUUGCAUUACUUAAAUAUAUGGCAGAAAUGGGGAAUAUAGGGGCAAGAACAUGUUUUCAGAAAUUGUAUGAUAUUAAUUCUAUGUUACAAUCAUCACAAUUACAAUUUGUGUUGGAUUUAUCAGUGACCAUAAAUGCUAUUGUUAUUGAUGAAAAAAUUGAUUAUUAUUCCCCCCCUGUAGGUAUUGUACCUGCCUCUAGCGAAAAGAAACAACACCAAUUCGAAGCUAGAGAUGCAAUCCCAUAUCUUCCUGAACGUUACACUAAUACUAUUGAAGGGAUUGAUACGUUCUUUGAUGACACUAAAAAUCAUUUAAAUCAAGAAUCAAGAAAUUUUUACUUAUCCCUCAUUAAUCAAAUACAAGGUUGGGAUGAUUAG